AUGAAAACCAGCUCGCUCUCGAUAGACAGGUUCUCGGAGGUUUCGUGUCUGGAUCAUGCGAUACAACCAGUGCCAGGAAUUCCUGAUUUGACAUUGAAUGGAAUCACUUAUUCCUCUAUCGAUUUUCAAGUCUCUUUGGACCACAAGAGCUCUGUGGGAUUUGCGAUAGAUAAAUUUAUAUUUGAGUUGGAACACAAAGCGGCAUUCGAAAGAGUAUCCAACACGGAGGUUGGCUCUCUGGUUGAACACAGGGAGGACGAUACCAAGGAACCUAAAAUGGAAGCAGAAGAACGGAAACAAAGGGCGAGGAGUGAAAUUUUACUCUUAACAACGUAUUGGAAGCUCUAUGGCGCCAUGGACAUUGCACUGCGUGUAUUAAACAACCAGUCAGCAGCCAAAAUUUUGAGCUUAUUGAAAGGCCCAGGAUUUGUCCUCAAUUUUCAAAGAGCCAGGCUAGAGGGAAAAGUAAAAGAAAUUGGAUUCUACUUAAUACAGAUCUUGAAGAAUUGUUUCAACUGCACUGGAAUCGAAAGGAAGAGGUUGAUCUUAUUAGCAAGAGCAAGCGGAGUCAGAAACCAAUCCAUAUCUGAGGCCGAGGCACUUGCAAAUUCCAGUAAUAAGACGCAAAGCCCCACAGCUCUUACCUCCGGAAGUAGUCAAUCUCAAAGGCUUCUGAAAGGCCUAUGGCAUACCCAUGCCUACUUCAUCUUCACGUUCAGCUUGCUGUUAAUUCUCUACUUUCAUUCAAUAAAUGACGCGAUUCUUCAUGUUUGCUCUAUGAACCCAUAUCAACUUCUGGCUGAGCAGCGAGGGAUUUGA